UCACGCUUUUUUGAAGCGGCCAUCUUUUUACUGCAAAUCGGUCUUGUAUCGGUAAAUUGCUUGAUGGCUUUUAUGUUAGAAUUUAGAUAAAAUAAUAUAAUUAUUUACCUAUUACUUGCGAUAAUUUACUUCUUGUGAACAUAUUCUAUUCUACAGUUUAUUUCGUUUGGUCAAAAAUGCGGCGUUAAAACUGUUCCAGUCUUAUUGUAACUUAACAGUUUGAUUCCGAUAGGUUUACUUACUAUUUUCAGUUCUAUUCGGCGUUAUUUUCUUGACAAACUUACAGUGGAAGUUUUGUGAGAAACGAAAAUGUCGAACGUUGGUUAUGAUCUGGAUACUUCUGGCGGGUUGAUGCCGCUUAUACGGGCGCUGAUAAAACCUCCGGACGAGGAGGCUAAUGUCCAGAAGAGUAAGAAGCCCCAACAUCCUUACUAUAAGAGGCCUGGCAAGGGCCACAACCACGACUCUUGCGACGCAUGUGGCGAGGGCGGCGACCUGAUCUGCUGCGAUCGCUGCCCUGCCAGCUUCCACCUUGGUUGCUAUGACCCACCACUCGACGAGAAUGACAUCCCGGCGGGGUUGUGGCUGUGCAAGGAGUGCAGAGCUGCCGAUGCCGAGAAGCCGGCCAGCUCGCGCUCCAGCCGGGCGCAGUCCCCUGCUGACGAUACCAGGUCCCUCAGAAACAAAAAGAAGAGUAAAGACUCAAACACAGACAGAGAUGACAGGAGUGACUCUUCUAAAGAGAAAGACAAGGAGCAAGAGAAAGAGGAGUUGACUCCAAUGGAGAUAUUGGUGAAGGCAGCCAAGAUCAUGAACCCGCGGCAGUUUGAGCUGCCACGGGAGAUGCGUGUGCCUUGUCUUUUCCCUGGCACUGAUAAAGAGGGCAGCAAGAACGGCAACGCAUCGCUUGUGACGGUGGACUCCAACGGCUGCGUGCCGCUGCCGGCCAAGUGCUGCUUCGUGUGCGGCGCCACGUGCCGCGCGGCCCCGCUGCUGCAGUGCGACUACUGCCCGCUGCUAUUCCACCAGGACUGCCUGGACCCGCCGUUGACUGCGCUACCAACCGGGCGAUGGAUGUGCCCCAAUCAUGUGGAGCAAUACAUUGACUGGAAGCUGGUGAACUCGAUAUCGGCGACGGAGCGCGUGGCGUUGUGGGACCAGUUUUCUGCCCCGGUGGAUCAGCACGCUAUUAAAAUUGACUUCAUUCGCAGAGCUAGGAAGGCAAGACCCGCUUUCAGGAUGAAGGUGCCGGCGGGCGUGCGCGGGCGCGUGGUGGUGCCGGCCAUGGUGCGCCACCACUACCGCCACCCGCCGCCGCUGCUGCCCUCGCGCCGCGAGUACGUGCGCUGCAGGAACGUACUCCGGAACCUCCAAACCCUAGACGACUACGCUCCUUCAGACGAGGAGGAGUCCCCGAAGCACCGCGUGUGCCUGAACCCGGAGUGCCCGUCGUACAGCGGGCACGGCCCGUGUGGACAUGCGUCUCCGCUGCGCGCCGCCACCGCCCAGGACAAGGAGGACGACCUGCAGGCCAUCGCUGCUCAUAAGGUGGAUAAAACAUCAGACUCGGAUUCCCUCUCGGACUCCGACUUCGAGUACCUCACAACGACAGUGAAGCGCCGCAAGGUGUCGCAGUCUGAAGACAUGUCCCGCAAGCGAGGCCGCGGCAUGAGGCUAGAGCUGCGCGCUGAUGGAGAGGCUGAGGCGCUGCUGGCCGCUGUGGACGAACAGCUGGAAAAGCUGGAUGAGAGAUUAGUGAAGCUGCUUGCUUGGCAGAGAUUGCAGCAGGUGCUGGUGGGCGAGCAGUGCUACGGGCCGUGGCGCCGCACGCCGCUGUCGGCGGCCGCGGCGCGGCUGGUGACGCGCAGCAUCGACCGCGGCCGCCUGGCGCGCUUCGGCUUCCGCCACGUGGCGCUGCCCUCCGAGCUGCUGUCGAGGGCCGAGCGGGACAGGAUCUCCAGGGCGGUGUGGGGCGGGCUGCGCCGCUCCCCCCCUCCGCCGCCGUCGCCGGGACACUCGCUCAGCGACUGCGCCGUGCGGGCCACGCUGUGUGCCGUGCAGAGGCCCGCCAGCAACGGCCUGGGCGACGGUCUGGGCCGGCCCAUCCCGAUGCGGCUGUCGCGGCUGGCCGUGGGCGCCGACAGCGGCUGUGACGUCAUCCUGGACGCGGCCCGCUGCCGCCACGUGUCGCGGACGCACGCCACCAUCUUCUAUGACGAGGUGACCCGCCACUUCGAGCUGAUCAACUACUCGGAGUGGGGCUCCCGCGUCAACGGCGUGCUGUACGCGUGCGACGCCGCGCUGGCCGCGCCGGCGCCCCCGGCCCCCCCGGCCCCCCCGGCCCCGCCGCAGGGGCCGCGGGCCGGUGGCCCCGGCGGCGGGGUGCCGCGCCCGCCCAGACUGAACGGCGCGCUGCCUCCCCCCCGCGCCGCGUCCCCCGGCGGCUGCAGCUGCCCCCCCUCCCCCUCGUCCCCCGGCGGCGCCUGGGAGGGCUCGGCCCUCGUGCCCCACGGCGCGCUGCUGCAGUUCGGCUGCCAGAUGUUCGUGUUCAGCAUCACUGACUCGCACGCCUUCCCCUACGACGAGCCCGUCACUGAUCCCGCUCUAUAGUCUAUUGCUCCACGUAAAUGUGUAUUUACUAACAUAACAUAGCACCACACUUCUAUCAGAGGCCUGGAGGCAGAGGUAUGUAGUGCACCCACCCACUGCUCGCUACGUUUGUCCCGUGUAAUAGAAAACGAGCCCAAUCCUGGAAAGUACGUGAUCAAAACAUGAAUUCAAACUACUAAAGAGUACAAAAACAAUAACUAUCAACCGAAUAUAAAGCGUAGUGUCGGGAGGUGUUGAAAAAGAGGCCAGAGAGAGGUAUAGAGUACUCUAAACUGGGAGUUAUAAUGAAUUCUGUGGUUGUACGGUCACGAGCAUUAAUAUACACUUUGGUACCAUGUCACAUUAACUUUUUUGACAAAUUGAAUUGUAAGUCUCACUAAAUGUCAAAUAUGUUAGUGCGACGGAGUCCUAAAGUGGGUACAUUAUAUUGCUCAUGACUGUACCUACCACAACCCAACAGUCGGAUCGCUCUACAAAUGAUAGGAGAAUAAAUCAUAUUGCAAGUAUUCAAAUGUAAGGUCAAUGACCAAUCACACCAACUCUAGUAUAUAAAUUAUUAUCAGGCGUCCUCUGAAACGGCUGUUUUACUGACCAGUGAUAUUUUUUUUGUUUUCCCCGAAGGGUAAGGCAAAGGGAACUAUGCCCAUACAGCCAUGUGUAACGUAUUUUUUUUCUUGAUGAUUAAUGAAAUGAUGAAAGGUGAUGAUGAUGAAACCUAAGCCUCCACCCUCGGAGUAGACUCCUACUCCGAACCCCAAACGAAUUAACUCAAAAGCACGCAUAAACUUUCGAGUUAUGAAGCGGCUUCCUGCCACGAAGCGAAAAUAGGCAGAUACACUUUGUUUAUACUCCGAUAUAAUAACGCUCGCGAAUGUUUUCCGACUAACUUAUGCGAUCAUUAACCACAAAACAGCACUUCGUAUUAAUUAUUUAGAUUACUCAAUGAAGAAAGCAACUGUCCCGUUCCCGUUUCCCGCCAAACAGCCCUGACCAGUGAUAGUGUAGAUUACUGACUUGUUUUUUUCCCCGGCUUGGUUAAGAGACAUUUAAGCCAAUGAAAUAACGUAAUUGCUCGCUCUGAUAGGGAUUGCGGGCAUAACAACCGUAUUUUAAGAUGUUAAUUUCAACCUUUGACUCCGUCCUCAGUUGAGGCGACCUCAACCUCUUCCUCGAACUCGUCUCGAAAUCGAUAUUUUUAGACGGCGCCUCAGCCGUAACUCGAGUUUACCACAGUAAGGCAUGACGUCAUUAUUUUCGUAUUAUUAUGUUGGUAGUAUGAUAUGCUCGACUCCUAAAGUCCUCAGGUUUUAUCCCAUUUACUUGAUCCUAUUUCUGUGUAAAUUUCCGUUCCGGAAUGUUAUUUUCCUUCCUUUUAGUUUCCCAAUCUUUUAAAACUUGACACUGGCACAAAGCAGCACUAGUGCCAUUAUAUAAAAAAAAGUCCUCAAGUCGAGCUCAGCUCAGCUGAGGCCGAGUCGAAGAGUCGAGUGAACAUCUUCGAAUACGAGCGUUAGUCUUUGUCAGUGUGUGUGAACAUUAUGAAAAAGUUGCUGCAUUGUUCCUUUCCAGUGAACUCAUAGAGAUAAGUCUAAAAUCGGUUUUAAAAUUAACCGUUAUUGAAGAAAACGUUAAUCCGCCGGCGGAAUUAUGUUCAACUCAGGAUUUUGCCGUCUACUUUUAGUGUACUUUGUGAUCUGAUCACUGAAGAUAUUUGAAUAAAAAAAUAUUUGAUUUUCAGUACUUUUCAUAAUGUGAACAUGACUAUG